GCAAAGUUGCCGAGGUUUAGGCCACAGCUGUUUGAUUAUUUUAUCUCCCCCAGGUUUUCUCUCGUUGCUAGGUUCAAGAUUUUCACGUUUCGACUGUUCGAGAAUCACCGUUCUUCCUCAGAAUGAAUAAAUCUUCAUGAACAGCAUGAUGGAUGUAAAUGCAUACAAAUUUAUCCAGAAUGUUUCACAUCAACCCCAGAUGCACGAGAUGGGUUUACAUCAAGGUUCCCUACAAGAAGGAGAUUCUAUAGAUGCCUUGUACAAGGAGUCCAAAAUGAGGUGUGCAAAAGAUUUUCUCAGAAAUAAGAUUGCCAAAAAUUUGAAUCAGAAUACAAAUCGUCAGUUGGGAGAGUUGACAUCUGAUCGUGUUCCUGACUUGCAAAGUCAACUAUCUGUUAAUGGUGCUUCAAAGGAAUACAUGAACCAGAAGAUGCUAGCUUGUCAAUUGCAAAACAUGAUCCAGCAUGAAAUACGUGAUGGUUGCUUCUCCAGUCAACAGGUGGCCCGCCAUGCUACAUCCUCAUUUGGCAACUUAAAUUCACCACAUGCUCUCAUUGAUUGCUCCAUGUUUAUUAGCACUGAUUGUUCAUUGAGGACCAACAGUGCUAAUGAUUCUAGCUUUUUCAACGAUGGGUCGUUCGGCUUUUCCAAGGGAUCUGCCUGUGGUGAUUAUAACCAGGGAGUUGCCACUGCAUUCAUGGCUUUUGAUGGAGCUAGAAUGCUUUCACCUGCAGGCAUAAGGCAGGUUUCUAGUGAGAUGGUUCCUUCUUCUGAGCAGAUUUCAUCCAUCACAGUAUGUUCGGAUACAGAUGUGUAUUCUAACGCUGUGCCUUUUGAUGAUGGACCAACUUUUCAUGGUAAUAGCUUGCAGCAUUUAUCUGGGUUGUUAUCAGAAAACAAUAUCCCACAGCAACAUCUCAAUGAGCGUGAGAUGAAUGUGAUAAAACAUGGACGUUUCCUGGAGAACAAUCAGAAUGUUUAUACCGUGGGUGUUUCAUCAUUGUUGGGGGGAAAUUUGGAGUUACCUUUUCCAAAUUUCCAGAACUUGCAACAGGAUCGACAGAUGAUUCCUGAAGCCUCUGGUAUUUUGACUAGAGCAAUUUUCAAUACUCCCAUGUCAACUUGUGAGGAUUUAUUGCAACCUAAACUGCUGAUGCCAGGAACUCAGCUGUUCCAUCAGCCGCAACAGCAGCCAUAUGUGCAGUUUGAUGAGUCAUCUGAGGACCAAUCAAGAAAUAGCCUGUUUGAAGAUGAUGAAUGCAUCAACAAGAUAACAGGGAAGAAGGCAUUUAAUGUGUCCUCUCUUCCUUCAAAACAGUCACAUGGUGUUCAAUAUGUUGCUUUAGAACGUUCUUCUAUCCUUUUGGGUCCAACUGGAGCUGCCAAACCUGCGCAUUCAAGUGAUCUCAUGUUUAGAUUUCUUCUUUCUUAUAUGAACUAUAAGACAACACAUGUAGAUGGAAGCCAAGUUUCCUUUAUCAAACAUAUGCAUUCAACAGUAUGUAAUGACUGCACAUGCAACUGUGACCAAUAUUUUAUGUUUCUUUCCCAUUUCAAUAACUGUCAUUGUUGGGAGUGCAACAUAUGCAGGCUUGUCAGAAGGUCUUGUGUUACUGGUAAACCUCCCCAGAGAUCUGGAAAACAAGAAAAUGGUCGCUUAAAUGCUUUCUGUGAUAAUGAUUUUAGUUGCACCAGUCCUCACCCUAGUGAAGAUAUUCAGCAUCCAUCAAAACGUCUGAAGAUGGGGAAUCACGUUUCCAUUGAAAUUGGGGUUUCUGACGUAGUUGCUUGUUCAAUGACUCAACCUUGUGAACCUCAACAACUCCCACACUUGCAGCAAUGGCCUGAAGCUUGUGCAUCUGAUAAUUUAGAUGCAACAAAGGUUAACAUGGAAGUGUCAACUCCCCUUUGGGAAUCCACAAGCACUAGUUCAACUGGGAAUAAUGUUACAGAAACUGCACAGAUGUCCAACUUGAAGAGUAUUCCCAUUCAUCCUCAAGAACUCAUUUGUUGUUCUAAAGAAGAGGAGACAGUACCCACAUGCACAAGUGAGGUUCGAAAUAAUGUGGCAGAUAAUUUUCGAAUUUUUAAUUCUUGCAGUGUGCCUGUUCCUUCUGAAGAACUCACUGCUGAUCAUAAAGAGGAGAAGAAAGAAGUCAGGACCAAGUCUGACAAAGCAAAACUAGAGGCAAAAAGUGAUUUUAUUGCACUAUCAGCAGAUUCAGGAAUGAAGUCAGUGGAGCCAAAGAUAUUGGGUGAGUCUUUGAUCAAUUCUUUCACAGUAGAAGAAAUGAAAGAACAUUUAUCCAGUCUCAGGCAGUUUAUUGGUCAGGAAAUGAAAGGAAACACAAAAGCACAUUCUGUUGGUGAAAAGUCAUGCCAGUUAUGUUCUAUGGACAAGCUUGUGUUUGCCCCUGCACCAAUAUAUUGCUCAUCUUGUGGUGCUCGUAUCAAGCUCAAUUUGAUUUAUCAUUGUGCACUUGACAAAAUGGGUACACAGCAUUGUUUUUGUAACUCAUGCUUCAAGGGAUCUCAUGGUCGUGAGAUCUCAUUCCAUGGGAUUUCUAUUUCCAAGGCAAAAUUUCAUAAGGAAAGGAUUAACCAUGAAGAUGAAGAAUCGUGGGUUCAAUGUGAUAAAUGCAGAGGCUGGCAACACCAGAUAUGUGCUCUUUACAAUGAUAAAAGUAAUUUGGGGGGGAAAUCAGAAUAUGUUUGUCCAAAAUGUUACUUGGAAGGAAUAGAAGUUGGAGAGCAUGUGCCCUUACCAAAGACUGUUGCUUUUGGAGCAAAAGAUUUGCCAACUACUACACUCAGUGAUUACAUUGAGCAAAGGCUCUUUAGAUGUCUCAUGCAAGACAGUGAAGAGAGGGCAAAGGCUUUACAAAAGAAACUUGAUGAGGUACCUAGAGCAGCGAAUCUUGCUGUCAGAGUGGUGCUAUCUGUCAAAAAACUACUGAAAGUGAAGCAGCAAUUUUUAGAUAUCUUCCAUAAUGAGAAAUACCCAACAGAGUUCCCAUACAGAUCGAAGGUGAUACUUCUGUUUCAAAGAAUUGAAGGUGUAGAUGUAUGCCUCUUUGGAAUGUAUGUCCAGGAGUAUGGUUCAGAAUGUAGUCACCCAAAUCAACGUUGUGUAUAUAUCUCGUAUCUUGAUUCUGUGAAGUACUUUAGACCGGAGAUAAAAACUGCAUCUGGUGAAGCUCUUCGUACCUUUGUUUACCAUCAAAUAUUGAUAGGAUACCUUGAUUAUUGCAAGAAACGAGGUUUUGCAACCUGCUAUAUAUGGGCAUGUCCACCUGUGAGAGGAGAAGAUUAUAUUUUUUAUUGCCAUCCAGAGACUCAGAAAACACCAAAGUCCGAUAAGCUCCGCCAGUGGUACAAAUCAAUGCUAAGAAAAGCAGUAAAAGAGAAUAUAGUGGUGGAUUGCACUAAUUUAUAUGAUCAUUUCUUUGUUCCUACUGGGGAACACAACAUGAAGAUAACAGCAGCUCGUUUGCCAUAUUUUGAUGGUGACUAUUUGUCAGGUGCUGCUGUAGAUAUGAUAAAAAAUAUUGAACAAAGGAGUCAAGUUGGUUCACAGAGCAAGGUGAAAAAAGCUCUGACAAAGAGAACUUUAAAAGCUAUGGGACAUACCAGUCUUUCUGAUGAUGCAACCAAAGAUAUUCUACUGAUGAAAAAACUGGAGCAAACCAUCUCUCCUGUGAAGGAGGACUUUAUUAUGGUCCACUUACAGUUUACUUGCACGUGCUGCCAUGAAGUGAUACUAUCUGGAAGCCAAUGGAUUUGCAACGAAUGCAAAAACUUUCAACUAUGUGCAAGAUGCCAUGAUGUGGAGCAAACUCUCAAUGAGGGGAAUACACACACUUCAAGUAGCGGGGAAAAACAUUCUCUCUCUCAGGUUGUAGUGAAGGAUGUGCCUGUUAAUACAGAGGAUACAGAUGUUAUUAUAGAUAAUGGUUACUUUGAGAAUCGGCACUCCUUCUUAAGCUUCUGUCAAGGAAAUCAUUAUCAGUUUGAUACCCUUCGCCAUGUCAAGCAUUCCUCAAUGAUGAUCCUUUAUUAUCUCCAUAAUCCAACCAAGCAAAGUGUUGGGACCAGCUGCUGCAUUUGCCAUCAGGAUAUUGUGGUGAAUCAGGGAUGGCACUGUGAGAUCUGUCCAAGGUUUGAUGCUUGUGAUGGAUGCUAUCAUAGAAAAGGUGAUGAUUGUCAUAUUCAUAAAUUAAGUCAAUGUUCAUCCGUUGUAAGUUGUGGGUCAAAGAAUGGACAGACUCAGCAGCAGAAAUCUACGCAGGUAUGGAGAAAUAUUUAAAUAUGCAUUUCAACUUUUAAAGAAAAAGCUUAAUCACAAGAUUAUAGAAGUUAAAACCCUGAUGUCAGAUUUUAAUGCUUCUCACUUGCCCAGAGUCUAUUCUUGGGUUCAAACAAAAUAUCAAUCCUUUGACCUUCUAGUAGUUGCAGAGGCAAGGGGUUAACGUUUUAGAGGCACAUGUCAAAGCUUUUAAAGUAUUUAAAAAAAGAUCCAGCUUCCUAUAUUUUUCCAAAUUUUUUGUCAGCAUCUUGUAGCUAAUUGUUUGAGUUUCUUUUCCUUUUGGUUCAAAGAUUCGAUCUUUCAGUCUUGCAGUACAAAAAAUUAAUACCACAAGGGGUCAGUUAUUUCCACACCACGUGUAGAAGUUUUUGAAGCAUUUCUUAAAUGAAAAUUGUUAAAUUUUAAUUCUGGUACUACAACUUUUUUGCAAUUUUCUAUAUUACACCUUAAAAGUUAGGGCCCUUCUGGAGGUUGUGCUUGGAUUGUGCCUCAUUGCUCUUGGCUCUACACGUGUUGAGUUUUACCAUAUCAACAACAUUUUCAAUUUUAUAUUUUCUACUUUGAAUAGUCUCCAAGUGCUUCCUUGGUCACUUGUUGCUCACUUCCUCUGGUUGAAGAAUAUCACAUGGGUUUUCUAGUUCAUAUUUUCUACUUUGAAUAGUCUCCAAGUGCUUCCUUGGUCACUUGUUGCUCACUUCCUCUGGUUGAAGAAUAUCACAUGGGUUUUCUAGUUCAUAUUUUCUACUUUGAAUAGUCUCCAAGUGCUUCCUUGGUCACUUGUUGCUCACUUCCUCUGGUUGAAGAAUAUCACAUGGGUUUUCUAGUUCAUAUUUUCUACUUUGAAUAGUCUCCAAGUGCUUCCUUGGUCACUUGUUGCUCACUUCCUCUGGUUGAAGAAUAUCACAUGGGUUUUCUAGUUCAUAUUUUCUACUUUGAAUAGUCUCCAAGUGCUUCCUUGGUCACUUGUUGCUCACUUCCUCUGGUUGAAGAAUAUCACAUGGGUUUUCUAGUUCAUAUUUUCUACUUUGAAUAGUCUCCAAGUGCUUCCUUGGUCACUUGUUGCUCACUUCCUCUGGUUGAAGAAUAUCACAUGGGUUUUCUAGUUCAUAUUUUCUACUUUGAAUAGUCUCCAAGUGCUUCCUUGGUCACUUGUUGCUCACUUCCUCUGGUUGAAGAAUAUCACAUGGGUUUUCUAGUUCAUAUUUUCUACUUUGAAUAGUCUCCAAGUGCUUCCUUGGUCACUUGUUGCUCACUUCCUCUGGUUGAAGAAUAUCACAUGGGUUUUCUAGUUCAUAUUUUCUACUUUGAAUAGUCUCCAAGUGCUUCCUUGGUCACUUGUUGCUCACUUCCUCUGGUUGAAGAAUAUCACAUGGGUUUUCUAGUUCAUAUUUUCUACUUUGAAUAGUCUCCAAGUGCUUCCUUGGUCACUUGUUGCUCACUUCCUCUGGUUGAAGAAUAUCACAUGGGUUUUCUAGUUCAUAUUUUCUACUUUGAAUAGUCUCCAAGUGCUUCCUUGGUCACUUGUUGCUCACUUCCUCUGGUUGAAGAAUAUCACAUGGGUUUUCUAGUUCAUAUUUUCUACUUUGAAUAGUCUCCAAGUGCUUCC